ACAACAUCUCUCCCUCUGUGUGUGUGUGUGUGUGUGUGUGGUGGUGAGCUGUGUCUCUCCUUUCCCUCUCCCCCCCUUUCCCCUUGGACCAACCGAAGAGCCACGAAGACCCAUAGUGCAUACCAAUAUGAGAAGACGCAGAAACCAUAGCCCUUUAAGAGGGAAAGGAGUGAGAUAAAAUAAGAAACAAAGGGAGAGACCUUUUGUUUCACCACCUUGCUGCUCUUCUCCCCUCCUAUAGUCCCUGUUCUGCUACUGCUAGCAGGUGCAGUGCUUCUCACACUGUGAUGGAUUAUGGGCCUCAUCUUGACGUUGAUGAUGAGUAUGGGAAGCUGGUGAUUCGAAUGAACCCUCCAAGGGUCACUGUGGACAACACUUCCAGCAAGAAAGCCACGUUGGUGAAGGUGGACAGUUCGAACAGGCAUGGGAGCUUGCUCGAAGUUGUGCAAGCCAUAACCGAUCUCAAUCUCACCAUCAGAAGAGCAUAUGUUUCCUCUGAUGGAGAGUGGUUUAUGGAUGUUUUCCAUGUUGUUGACCAAGAUGGGAAUAAGCUGCAUGAUAGCGAAGUCAUCGAUCGCAUUCAACAGAUAUCAGCUGGGAAUAUAAACAAAGAUUUCAGAACAAUGUCACUAGGAGCAAAAGCAUUUGAUUUGUGGUCAUUAAGAAGAUCGGUAGGCGUCCAAGCCUCUGGGGUGCACACGACAAUCGAAUUGAUCGGCAGAAACCGGCCAGGGCUGCUCUCUGAGGUCUUUGCUGUUCUCACAGACCUCAAGUGCAAUGUGGUGGCUGCAGAGGUCUGGACUCACAACUCAAGAAUGGCAUCAGUGGUAUACAUCACCGAUGAAGCCACCGGAGGACCGAUCGAUGAUGCCGAUCGCCUUUCUAAGAUCAAGCAACUCCUUCGCUAUGUGCUGAAAGGAAAUAGAGACAAACGAAGCGCCAAUACUGCCAUCUCCUUAGGCGUGACCCACACUGAGAGGAGGCUGCACCAGAUGAUGUAUGCUGAUCGUGACUACGAUCGGGGCGAUGCCGAUGAGGAAGAGUCCCCAAGUGAUAGGAGGAAGCUGCAAGUGACCGUCGAGAAUUGCACCGACAAAGGCUAUUCGGUGGUGAAUGUGAGGUGCAAGGAUCGGCCUAAACUGCUUUUCGACACCGUUUGCACGCUAACUGAUAUGCAAUAUGUCGUAUUCCAUGCAACUUUGAUUGCUGAAGGGCCAGAAGCAUAUCAGGAGUACUACAUUAGACACUCAGAUGGAUUACCCAUCAGCUCGGAAGCAGAGCGGCAGCGGCUAAUUCUUUGCUUGGAGGCUGCAAUUAAAAGGAGAAACACAGAGGGUGUGAGACUAGAGCUCUGCUGCGAUGACAGGGUCGGCCUACUAUCUGAUGUUACCCGUAUAUUUAGAGAAAAUGGGCUCACGGUCACCUGUGCAGAAGUCUCCACAAGGGGAUCUCAAGCUGUGAAUGUGUUCUAUGUCAUGGAUGCAUCAGGGAAUCCAGUUCAGAGCCGAACAAUCGAGGCCAUAAGGAAUGAAAUAGGGGAGGCAAUCCUGCAUGUAAAGGAUGACAUGUAUUCGAAAUCUUCGCCGCAGGAUGGUGGGAAGUUCUCAUUUGGUAACAUUUUCAGGUCCAGAUCAGAGAAAUUCCUCUAUAGCUUGGGUUUAAUUAGACCAGACUCUUGAGAUCUUUGGUACAAUAAGAUUGCAAGGUUGCUUCUGAUUUCCAUGGAAUUCACCAAGUACUAGUUUCAGAACAUACUAUCUAAACUUCCUUUCACCUUGGCUUAGGCCUUGAAUGAAUGCCAAUGCCUCUGCAAAAUUACAAAUGAAGAAUUGUUGGAUGCUGUAAAUAGAAUGAAUUUUCUUCCUCAAUCUGGCUUUCCAUUGUCAUUCUUACAUUCUAUCUAUUAUCUACGCCAACACUAAAGAAAAAAUUUCAAUAGUUCUGAAA